AUGUCACAAUCAUUUGAAAUAGAGAAACAUAUUAAAUAUAUAAAGAGAAAUUUGAUGGCACUGCCAUCACCAUAUACCUCUGCACUACCUAAUCAUUUAUCUAUAGUUUACUUUAUGCUAUCUGGUUUGGAUAUCCUAGAUAGAUUGGAUCAAGAGAUUGAUGAUACUCUAUCUACUCAAAUUAAAGAGUUUGUAUAUUCUAGACAAAUAUUACCUUAUUAUCAACAACCAGAUGAUAAUAUUAUCAAUUGUGGAUUUAGAGGUGCCAACUUUAUAGGACAACCAUUUGAUAAUUCUGUACAACAACAACAACAGUCUACCACAUCCUCUUCUACUCCUUCUUCAUCAUCUUUAUGUUUAUGUCAAUCAUACCCAAUAGUGGCAUGUGAUCAAUCAACUCUAGCCAAUAGUUAUUGUGCAUUGAUGAUAUUAAGAAUACUCAGAGAUGAUCUGGGUCGUGUCAAUAAGAAAUCUAUUACCAAUGCCAUGAAACACCUUCAACAACCAGAUGGUAGUUAUGUCGGUGCAUCUGGUGGUGGUGAGAGUGACAUGAGAUAUCUAUACACUGCUUGUGCAAUCUCAUUCCUCUUGGAAGAUUGGAGUGGUAUCGAUAUUGAUUUGGCACUCCAAUAUAUUAGAUCUAGUUUUGGAUAUGAAUUUGCCUUUGGACAAGGACCUUUACAAGAGGCACAUGGUGGAUCAACCUACUGUGCUAUAGCAGCACUUUCACUUUUGGGACUACUUGAUCAAGAGUUUCCAAAACAAAGUGUAAAGAGAGAAAAAUUGGUACAGUGGUUGGUAAUGAAACAAAUAUCUGGGUUCAGUGGUCGUACCAACAAAGAUCCAGAUACUUGCUAUAGCUUUUGGAUAGGUGCAUCACUCGAUAUGUUGGGUGCUUACCACUUGGUAGAUUCCAAUUUGGUAUCAUCUUUUAUAUUGGGUGCCCAACACCCCGCCAUUGGUGGUAUCUCAAAGAUACCAGACUCUUUUCCUGAUGCACUCCAUAGUUAUAUGUCAUUCUCUGGACUCAGUAUCAUCCAAAACAACAAUCAAACAGCAGGACAAGGUGAAAAGUUUAAUUUUCAUUUGCAAUCUUUAAAUUGUUCAAUAGGUCUAACAAACAAAACUGCAAAUACUUUUCUCAAUAAUAAUAAAUAA